AUGGCCGCGGGAACUCUGGACCCAGGCUCUCUCUCCCAAUUAAUAAGAACGCCUGGCCAAUUUCGACAUUUCGAUGGCAAGGGAACAGUAUCUGCCAUGAUUGCAUUUCGACGCAUUCGUUUCCUUAAAAACUUUAGUGUAAGGACUGUGGCAUUCUACUCUGUUGUUUCCAGUAGAAGCAGCUUGAUUCUGUCUGCAAGUAGAAGAUCACAUGUCGGGCUGCUGUCGAAAAGACUUCAGGUGAAACCCUCCGUGGUUUAGCUUCUUCUUUUAUUAUUUCCAGCUGUUUCUUUUGCAAUCAAAUUGACCUCUUUUCAAACUUUUCACAACAAUUUGAACAAUUUCAGCUUGACCAAAGAAGGAUUUCCCUGACAAGAGCGUUCAGUACCGAAAGGUUUGUAUCCUGGUUUGUUCAUUCCAAUGUAAAAUAUUAGUUAAGAAUAUGUUUUUUUUAAUUACUCCUACAAUAUGAAAUUCUCCGUGGCUUUUUCUAUGUCAGAGAUAAGUGGAAAUUGCACUUUGAUACUUUCAGCACACUAGAUGAGUUAUCUUACCACAGUAUCGCAGAUGAGACACUGGAUGCCAUAGCUGAGUUAUUUGAUGACCUUGGUGAAAGCCCCUCAAGCCCUGCUGACUAUGAUGUCCAGAUGAGUGUGAGUGUCAAUUGAGUUAUUAUAGAUCAAUGUUAAUGUAUUGCACAAUCCAGUGGUUCACAAAGUGACUUAGCAUUCACUUUCCUUAAUGACAUUUUUCUCCUGCAGAGAAAAGGUAAAAGGAACCAAGCAUAUUUAGGGAAUAUUUUCUUUUUUUAAUUCCAUCCACUACUUGAACCAGAAUUGAUCUAUUUGGAAGUGUCAAAUAAUUUUAAAAAAUGGCAGGGUGCUUUUCUCUUCAGCUGUUUAUCACCUGUUUAUUACCUUGUAAUUCUUGUUAAAGUGUUGGACACAGAAACAAGAAUUUGGGAAAAUUCAAAACAAGAAUCCAGAACAAUAUAUUAGCUAUUUCAGGUAACCAUAUCAAUCACUUUGCUGUCAUUAAAAAAAAAAAAAAUUAAACAAUUUACACUCAAUUAGUAUCUCAGGGCUCACCAUGUUCUUUUUUCUUAUUAGGAUGGAGUUCUUACAGUCAACUUGGGAGGUAAAAUUAUUUUGUUUUUAUUACACAAAUUAAAGAUAAUUCUCAUCCUUGCCCAAUAUGCAUAUUCUUAAAAAAUUCUUGAACUCCAAGUCUCUCGUCUGCCUUCUCUUUGAAGUGAGGUUUUUCCAAGUGAUAUCAUUAAAUUCUAAAUUAUCCCAGAGGUAUCUGAGAACUAGCUUGAGACAUAUGUAAAGGCAACUGAGUCAUAUUAUACAUGUAAUUGUUUGCUUAAAAAAAGAAGAGGUUUGAUUUAAUUGUGUUCUUUCAGCUGGACGUGGUACCUAUGUGAUCAACAAACAAAGCCCUAACAAACAAAUAUGGUUGUCCUCUCCAACAAGGUAAACAAGAGACAUUUACUCUAGGUCUACCUUUUCACUCUACUUGUACAAACUUACUUUUCUCAGCUUUUUUCAUCAUGCACUUCUUUUUAAAACUUUUUGGAGAUUACUCAGAAUUGUUAAAAUUCUGUCUAUUCUGUUAAAUUUCAGUGGUCCCAAGAGGUACGAUUUCAAAGAUGGUUCCUGGAUAUAUACACAUGAUGGUGUUUAUCUUCAUGAUCUUUUAUCAUCAGAGAUUUCUGCGGCACUUGGACAUGAAGUGGACUUUACUUCACUAACAUAUGGCGGAGCAGAUGGAAAGCUUAGUUGA